CGGGGAGGCUCCCCGCGGCCCGGUGCCCCCCCGGCGGGCUGCAGCCCGGCCCCAGGGUUUCGGGUGGCGUCUACCGACCCGGCCGCCCCGCAGCGGUGCCGUCGCCUCGGCCUCCCUGGGCGCAGGCCCUUUGUGCCCGGCGCGGGCAAAGGGGAUCCCAAAAUUCCCACGGCGAAAGGGCAGAGCUUCCCCCUGCCCCCCCCCCCGUGCCAUCGGGGUGCCCGGGCGUGGGCUGCCCGCGGGGUUCGCCCCCCGCUUGCCCCCGCGCAGGGCUGGCGCUGCCGCCGGGCUGGUGGUCCCUGCGCCGGGGUCUGCCCGCUGUGCCUCUCCCCGCCGGCACGCUCACCUGCUUCUGGAAGGUACCGGGGCCGGAUGCUGAUCCGGUUUCUCUUGGCGCUGUCGCCGCGCGACGCCCUGAGCUAGCGGGAGCUGCCUGUGGUGUGUGCCAGACGCGGGCCCGGCCGCCCUGCCCGGGGCGAGAAGCCCUUUUCCCGGGGAGAGGGUGUACGUGAGCCGGUUCCCCGGCAGGCCUCGCUCUCACAGCCGAGGCGGAGGUUUGAAAAAAAAAAAGACGGAGAAAAUAAUUAAAUACUGUCUUGGCGCAGCCUCGGGGGAUGGCUGUUGCUUAAUCACAGCGAUUCGGGAUGGCGCUGGGGCCGAGCGGGGCUCUGCGGCGGAUGAGCCCCAGCACCCUGCCGCUCCCCCACGCAUCUGCGCUGGCUUUGUCUUGGGGGGGGGGGGGGGGUCAGGAUUGGACCAGCUGAUUUAAUUAGCAGAUGACUUUAUUUGAGCCGGAGGUGGCUCCUCGCCUAGUUGUUAGGCCGUGGGGUGCCUGUCGCCUCCGCCGUGGGGUCGCGGGUCGCCGCGGCCCCGGGGCCUUUUACUUUCGCGGGGAGCGUAGGAAAGGCGGCGGUGCCGGUGCCGGCGGCGGCAGCCAGAGCUGUUCCACGUCCUGCCCGAGCGCUUUCCCGGAUGAACCGCGUGUCCCACCCGGCGUUUGGGGUGAACUUGCUUUGCCUGGCGAGGUCUAGCCCGAAACCAGUCCUUGCUGGGGCUCGCGGUGUCUUUGUGCCGCCGCUGCCUUCGCACCGCAGCCCCGCGGGGCUCCGGCCAUCUCGGAGUGACACGUUGUGUCCCGUCCGUGUCCCUGCGGUCAGCGGUGCCGCUUCACCCGGCCGGGUCGCUUCCUCCUGAGCUGAGUUUUAGACUUUGGCUCCGUUUCCCAAGGGCCGCUGCGGCUGGCAGAUGCCCUGCGGCUCCGUUGUCCAGCAGGGACGCUCGGGAAGGGGCCUCGGAGGAGCCGUGGGAUCCAUGUGCGGAGCGGCUUUGCUGCCCUGCCCGGGUGCAGGGACGUCGGGAGGAUCCACCCUGCUCCGUCGCUCUCCGGCGUUCGGCUCCCGGCAGAUCCCGUCUCGGCGCUGCCCCUCCGGGCUGGAAGCUGGCGCUGGCCGUGUCCGCCCACCGCGGCCUGGCGCGUUGGGGGGGUUGAGCACGAGACACCUGGAGCCGGUUGAGCGGAAGCAUGAUGGAUCUACAGGGCGCGGUAGAAGUUUACGCUGCAGGGGUGGAUUUGGGGUGGGAAUGGGCCUUUUAUGGCGUUGGUGCAGCGCUUCCAGGACGGAGCUCCUGAAGAUGCUCUUGGAGAACGCGUCAAAAUGAACGAAAUGGCCCGAAGCGUUGGCCACGCGGCAGCACAGGCCCCGCGUGUUCCCUCCCGCCGGUCGCUCUGCCCAAGCCGCCCGGCCGCGAGGGAGGCAGCUCGGGGCUGGGGACCGCGGGUGCUCCGCCGCCGCCGAGGCCCUGCGUGACCCUGCGCUGUCACUUGGUGCCGUGCUCCCGGCCCGGAGGCAGCGCUUUUGCAAGGGCUGGCGAGCGGCGCUGCCUCCCGGGGCUCCGGGAUUCGGGGAGCGAAGGAGCAGGGACGCGGCCGGGCUGCUGGUGUCCCCUGAGCAGCAGCCGGCUGUAGCUCUGCAGUUAGGAUCCCUUGGUGCUGUCGCGUUUUGCAAUGCAAAUAGCUUUCUCUUCGCAUUGAGCCGUUCUCAUGCAAAUUCAUGGUUUUUGUACAUUUUUUUUUUCUUUUCCCCCUCUGGUUCCAGAUCUGGCGCAAUCGUUUUUACCUGCGCAAAGGCAGCGGGUGCAUCCCUGCCGCCCGAGGCCGCUGCAACCUCUUUGGCUCCUGUAGUGCCAGACACAAGCGAGGUUCAAGGGCCGGGUGGAAGGACGGGUUUUCGCGUAGCUGCGCACCGAACGGUGGGAGUCCUCGCCGGAGGAGGCCGGUGGGGAGCCAGUGGUCGGCAGGACCCGCAGAGGGCCUGGACGUUCCCGAGGAUAUUGUAACAAUCCCGAGCGACCGUAAUUAAAGCUGACAGCUUGGAAGGGAUAUUAAGGCGUCUGCAUCUGAGCUAACGCUGAGCAAUUUGAGAUCAGAAUGAGACCUCCCGGGGGAGCGGGAUUAACCCUCUCGGGCUUCCCGUGGGGCUCCUGCGCGUCCCUCUGGAGCGUCUGCUCUGGCCGCCGCCAGCCCCUGGGCUGAUGCACCAGCAGUCUCCAGCGCGGCAGCUCCCACUUUCCUCCUGGGAUCGCGGCAGCUCCGGAGCGUCGCGGUGCCGGCGCUGGGUCCGUUUCCCUUAAGCCUCGGGUAAAGCGUGCGGCGUCCCGGUGCGGGCUGGCGCCGGUGGCUCUCGCGGCCCAUCGCAGGAGGCUUCACCGUCGGAAGGAGCCCAGCGGCCUCCUCCCUGCCCGGCCUCCGCUCUCCCGGCAGCGUCCGAGGAGCGAGAGGGGCCGUGGGCUCGCGCGAAGCCUCCGCUCGGCACGCGGGGCUGGACGCGGCCCGGGGCGCGGGGAGGGAAACCCGUUUGUGCUUGCGCUUGUGGAGGGAGCGUGCAAACCCGGGGAGCUCGGCGCGUUUCCGCGGUGGCCUCCUUCCAGCUCCCUGGCAGACGGCGCGCGGCUGGCGUCGGGCGCCUCGGAUGGACGUGGCGAGGGGGCACGGCUUCGCUGGCGGCUCCCGCAGCCCUCGCCCGGCUCGGCUCGGCUCGGCGGGGGAGCGGGGCGUCGCGGCCGGCCGGCGAAGGCGCCUAUUGUGCCGAGGCAGCAGCGCGUGCUGGUGUGGCCGAGCAAGCAAACGCGCCCGGCGCGGUGCCUCGGGGCCGGGCAGGGCAGCCGGGGCUCUUCUCGGGGGCUCGCUGGGAGCGGACGGGCUGCGCCGACCCCGUGCCGGCGGGAUGCUCCCGGUGCCGCGCCGGGGCUCGAGGUGGGUUCCCCGCGCGGCUCUGCUGCUGCUGUUCCCGUUGGCUCCCCCAGCGGGAAGAGAGCUGUCGUCGGGGUGCGAAGGGUUGCGUUCACACCCCUUUUGUAACCACAUUAGAGCAUCGUGAUUUUAACUCUGGUAUCUAUUUAAUUGAUUUAGAUUUACAGAUGCUCUGGAAGGAGCACCGGUGGCACAAAGCACAGGUGCUGCCGCAGUGCCGGGGCGCGAUGCGGUUGCACGCGCUGCCGGCAAGGCGGCCGAUCCGGUCGGCCCUCCUUCCUUUCCAGGGAUGCGGCCCUGGCUCAGACACCUGCGCGGCAGUUUGCGGGACGCCGUGGGGUUUCCAGAGUGCUGCCGGCUGGUAACGCUUCUUUCCCUGCUAUCGUAGAGGCGCAGCCGUACAGUCAUGGGUCGCAGUCCCUCUGGGCGAGCUCCUGCGCUGGAGCAGGGGAUGCUCUCCGACCUGCUCCGGUGCAAAGGCCACCACUUUACUUCAAAUCAUCUUUGGCAGGAGCAAGGAGAAGGUCUGGUUUGGCUGCCAAGCUCUCUCGCUCUCGGUAAGGUCUGCCCUCUCCUUGCAGGGGGGAUUCUCCAGCAAACGUCCUGCCUGGCUCUUGCAAGCACAGAACUAACUUCAGUGCCGAGGCGAGGGGGCAGAAAGCCAGUCCGAUACGAUAUAGCUUUGCACGGCCCCGUCCCAGGAGCGCGCCGCGGGGCCUCGCUGGGUGAGCGGGGCAGUGGAUCUCCUCCUUGCGACUUUCCCCGGAGCUGUUUGAAAUGAGAAAGCUUCCUUGCAUAGAAACACUUGGAUCUUUUUUGAGCAUUUUAAUACAAACAGUAGUUAAUGGUUGAGGUGUGGAGAUGCAAAGCCUGGGAGAGAAAGUGGCGUCUUCUCUUCUGACCGCCCGCGCGACGUGGGCCCAGCAGCCCCGGUCGGGUUCCCUCCGCUUUGAACCCUGCAGUGUGCAUUAGCAUCAUCCCCAAAGCCUUCCAGUCUGGACUUGAAGACGUCGAGAGAUGGCAAAUCCUCCCCUCCCCUGGGGAGCUUGUUCUGGUGGUUAAUCACCUUGCUGUUGGAAAUCCCCCCCGCGGAGCCCCGGAGCAGCGGCCCGGCGCCUGAGCCGCCGCGGAUGCGGAUGCGGAGCCCUCCGCGGGCCCAGGAUGCCCCCAGCGCCUCGGUGACGGAUCGCCGGGGCCCAGUGCCCGUCUCCGUCCCCGCGGCGGGCGGACCGUUUUCUCCCGAGCCGAGCCCAGGCAGCCGAUCAAAAUAGAGUCGCUCAAGGCGACGGUCGACUUCUUGAAGGUGCCGCUGGGCCUGAGGAAGCCGGCGCCGAAGGAGGCCCCCGGGCCGCGGAUCCCCCCCCGCGGCACCGUGGAGCGGUACGCGGGCCGGCGCUCCGACAACAUGGACAAUGAGUCGCAGUACUCGGGAUACUCCUACAAGUCCGGGCACUCCCGCAGCUCCCGCAAGCACAGGGACCGUCGGGAUCGGCACCGCUCCAAAAGCCGGGAUGGGAGCCGCGGGGACAAGUCGGUGACCAUCCAAGCCCCGGGCGAGCCCUUGCUGGACAACGAGUCGACCCGGGGCGACGAGCGGGACGACAACUGGGGCGAGACCACCACGGUGGUGACGGGCACGUCGGAGCACAGCAUCUCGCACGAUGACAUCACGCGCAUCACCAAGGACAUGGAGGACAGCGCGCACCUGGACUGCUCCCGGCACCUGGGCGUCUCGCUGGCCGGGGCCCUGGCGCUGCUCUCCUUCCUCACCCCGCUCGCCUUCAUGCUGCUGCCCCAGCUGCUGUGGCGGGAGGACCUGGAGCCCUGCGGGACGCCCUGCGAGGGGCUCUUCAUCUCGGUGGCCUUCAAACUCCUCAUCCUCCUGCUGGGCAGCUGGGCGCUCUUCUUCCGGCGCCCCAAGGCCUUCUUCCCCCGCGUCUUCGUCUUCCGGGCGUUGCUCAUGGUGCUCGUCUUCCUCCUCGUCGUCUCCUACUGGCUCUUCUACGGCGUGCGCAUCCUGGACUCGCGGGACCGCAACUACCAGGGCGUCGUGCAGUACGCCGUGUCGCUGGUGGACGCGCUGCUCUUCGUGCACUACCUGGCCGUGGUGCUGCUGGAGCUGCGGCAGCUGCAGCCCCAGUUCACGCUCAAGGCCGUGCGCUCCACCGACGGCGCCAGCCGCUUCUACAACGUCGGCCACCUCAGCAUCCAGCGAGCAGCCGUGUGGAUCCUGGAGAAUUACUAUCACGAUUUCCCGGUCUACAAUCCUGCCCUGCUCAACCUGCCCAAAUCCGUCCUGUCCAAGAAGAUGUCCGGGUUCAAGGUCUAUUCCCUCGGCGAGGAAAACACCACCAACAACUCCACGGGCCAGUCGCGGGCCGUCAUCGCCGCGGCCGCCCGCCGGCGCGACAACAGCCACAACGAGUACUACUACGAGGAGGCCGAGCACGAGCGCAGGGUGCGGAAACGGCGCGCCAGGCUCGUGGUGGCCGUGGAAGAGGCCUUCACCCACAUCAAGCGGCUGCAGGAGGAGGACCAGAAGAACCCGCGGGAGAUCAUGGACCCGCGGGAGGCAGCCCAGGCGAUUUUUGCCUCCAUGGCGCGGGCCAUGCAGAAGUACCUGCGCACCACCAAGCAGCAGCCCUACCACACCAUGGAGAGCAUCCUGCAGCACCUCGAGUUCUGCAUCACCCACGACAUGACGCCCAAGGCGUUCCUUGAGAGGUACCUGAGUGCCGGGCCGACCAUCCAGUACCACAAGGACCGCUGGCUGGCCAAGCAGUGGACGCUGGUCAGCGAGGAGCCGGUGACGAACGGCCUGAAAGAUGGGGUGGUCUUCGUGCUGAAGCGCCAGGACUUCAGCCUCGUGGUGAGCACCAAGAAGAUCCCUUUCUUCAAGCUCUCGGAGGAGUUUGUGGACCCCAAGUCGCACAAGUUCGUCAUGAGGCUGCAGUCGGAGACCUCUGUGUGAACUGAAGAGGGAUGGAGAGGGGCUGGGGGUGACGCCCGCUCCCAAGGAUGGGCUUGCUGCAGCCGGGCCUCUCCGUCUCGUCCUCCCUGUCUCUGCCAGGGCUCGGGGAGGCCACCGCUCGAGGGCAGAACUGUGGCAGCCACCUGGAAGCAGUGCCUGUGUCUGGCCCCGUCACCCGCCUGUGACCACUCGCCCUCCAGCCCUCUGUCUCGGCCUGACCCGCGUUUGGGCGGGCUGAGCCCCCCCUUCCUCAUCCCCGUGCUCUCCAAAACCCAGGUCCUCGUAGCAAUCCCCCAGAAGGUGCAUCCAGCGAAGGACAGUGUCACGGCCGGAAAGGAGACCGCGAGUUUCGGUGCCGUAACUCAAGGGCUAACUCUCCAUUAGAUUUUCUUCACCAGCGUCCUCAAGUGCAGUUGGGUCUGAAGGACCUUCUACGCUUUCCUGUUUUCUACUUGGCAACUGUCCUGUCUCUGGCCUUAAAACAUCACCCGGUGUCUAGGGUUGGUUUUUGAUAAUAGAGACUUUUGGAGUAUUUUGCAAACACCUCUCCAGUCUGUGGCUGCUAUGAAAACCUCCCCGAGCGACCCAGGGGUGGGGAAGAAACUGAACCGGCGACGCUCCCGCGACAGCCUGGCUGUACAAACGUCCUCCUCGCGCCUCUGCCGAUGCUUUCCACACUCGGCUGUUAGCAAAAGCAAGAGAGAGACUGGUUUUUGAAAAAGAAGAAGUUUUUAAGUGACGGUUUUCCCUGCUGUGCGUGUGCUCUCCGAGGAGAUCUGUGUUUCUGUAAAUAGCAGCCCACCCCGAGCCAGUUCCUCCUCUCCCCCCCGGCUCCGCGUGUCUCUGCACGAGGUUCUUUGCACCAUUCCCGCAGCGUAAAGAGGCCUUAAAGUGGGUGUCUGACAUGUGCCAGCUGCCAGAAUGGUGUAAAUAUCAUCUCCGAGUAGAAGCAGAAGUCUGCUUUUCCUCCCUCGUUCCUAACGCCGAAAUGGCCGGUGAAAGCGAUGAAUUGCAGGAUGCGCGAGCAACAGCUCCCGAUGCGCCCGAGUGCCGGGGCUUUGCCGCGCCGGGGCUGCGGGCAUCGGGCCGGGAGGCAGCCGCGGUUCCUUUGCAGGGCGCGAGGGCAGACGGUGGCUCACGGAGCCCUCGGUUAACGCUCCCCGGCUCCGGUGCCGACGUGGUUGCGCCGUUACGGCCGUGUCUGCGUUAACGCUUCCCGCGUGAGUUGGGGAAGGGGGGACGGAGGUGCAGAGAGGUGACGAGGGCUGGUGUUGAGCACCUUAUCCCUGGGGGGGAAAUAGCCGUUUCCAGGGUGCUGGCACAAGGGAGAGCACCUCGGAGUCCCCUCGGCCGAAUUUGGGGCCCUCGCCUUCAGCAGCCUUCUCCCUGCCGAAGCCGAGCCGCUGCUGAGAGCCCACGCGGCGGCUGGUGGGACUCGGCGCUCCCCAAACAGCAUCCGACAGCACAAGGCAGCGGAGGAGCAGGCUCCCCGCAUCCCUGUCCCCCGUCCCCCAAACCCCCCCGGGGCGAGCGAUCCCGCAGUUCAUCCCUGCGGCAGCCGGCCGCCGCCGCGACCCUCUGCCUCCGCGCCGAGUCUCUGCGUGUGCGUGUUGUGGACUCGACCCCCCUGGUGAGAGUGGUGUUCUUGUGUUUUUGUCUGUAGCCAGGUUUUUCCCAGCGGGAUCUGCUUUCCCGGGUGGAUUCAGCCCCGGCUCUUCACAGUGCCGGGGCCGGCGGGAUGGAGCGAGGAUGCGAAGGGCCCGGCCGGGGGGCAGCUGGUGCGUCCGCUCCGCGUCGGGUUGCAGCCAGGUGGAUGCAAAAGCUUUUUGCCUUUCCUUGUUUCUCGUUAAGGUCACAAAUACCUCAUGGGGUCGGUUCGCUGGGGGAGGUGUCGGGGGGGAGCGCGGCCCCCGCGCGCCGUCGCUCUGCAGCCUCGGGGCCCUUCGCCUGCGGGACCGGCCGGAUCCCAUCACUGUGACUUGCCGGCUUGAAGUUUUCCCCUUAUUCUAAGCACUAAACUGCUCGAGGGUUGGGACUCCGGGGCGACGAGGGGGACCGACCCCGCUUUGCCCUGGGCGUCCCGGCUGCGGCUGCAUCUCCCGGGCUCAUACGGUUGCUCCGGUUUAGGUCGGUCCUGCCCGUUAGACCUGCUGUGGUCGGAUCCUCAGCCGUCCCCCUCGCCCCUCUGCCGCCUCCGGCACCUCUUUCCGGCCAGUUUACAGCGAUGCUCCCAACAAGCCGUCGGAUGCCAAAUGCUUUUCCUCCUGGGCUAAAACCCUCCAGCCGGGCACCAGGGCCGCCGCCACUUCCCUCCCCGCGCUGCGCCUUCGCCCCUCGGCUUCUCUUCUCGUUGCAUUUGCACAAUAUCCUGCUUUUCCUCCCCCUUUUCCCCCAGAUCUCUUGCCCGAAGUUGCGCACGUCCCCGACGGCCGCGGCGCGCUGCCCGCGGUGCGCGAGCGCCCGCUUCUGCCCCGUCCCGCAGGAGCUGGGGGCCGCCCAGUAGAUACCAGUAGCACAAAGCAGAGCCCGGCGGGUCCGUCCCCGCUGGUGCCGCCGCUCUGCUCACCAGUUCCCAGGAAACCUCCCUUUUCCAGGACCCCCCGUCCCGGGUUUCUGGGGUUUCUAAUCCCCCCCGGGGCCAGCGCGGGGCCCCCGCUCGCCCCGCCGGGCUGCGUCCCGCUCCGAGCCAGCUUCCAGUCGCGUUUACACCAGCACCGCGGUGCCGGAGUGACUCCGCUUGACGCCCCCCUGGGUGCAAAUCCUGCCCGGUUCCCCGGUGCCCCUGGGGGUGCUUUGCACCCCGAUGCGCCCGGACCCCCCACCCCCCCGCAGGGAGCAUCCCUGGUGUCUCCAGGGUCUUUUCCUGUCUUCCAGCCUCCGCCAAACCCGAGGAGCCGGCGUGGGGGGGUCCCGUGGGGGCCUCGGGGGCCUCGCGUUGCGGAGGGAGGCGCAGGCCGCGGAGACUGGGGGGGCCGGGGGGGUCAUCCCGCCCGGAGCGCGAGAAGAGCGAACCCUUCCCCUCCGUUUGUUUGGUUUCGUUUUCCUUUGCAGAGCCGAGACCUUGUGCAUGCGUGUAGAAAGUUGUAAAGUGUAAAAUUGUUUUUUAAUAUAUAAAAAGCUUGUUUUUACGGUUUGCAGUGGAUCGAAGCAGUACGGCAGUGUUAGGACGUUUUGUUUUUUUUUUUUUUUUUCCAUAGAGGAACUAAAAUUGUACAAAUUUUUUUUUAUAUAAAAUAAACACAUUUGACAUUUUU